GGCAAAGUCACGCUGACCGACUGGAGAGCGCGCUCCCGUCAUGAGGUUCCGGGUGGGGGGCAGAAAGUGAUUGUGGCCACGGAUAGUCAGCGCUGAGAGACAGUGCGUAAAGCCCCCUCCAUAUGUGUAUUUAUAUGGCAAGCCAUUUCCAUUGGGGGAGGGAGCAGGCGUUUGCGCGCUAUGUAGAUAGUAUGACAGGAAAGACAUACAUGGACAUUGUGUUUGUACAUAUGCCUGGGAGAUAGAGAAGGGCAUGUAAGAUUUGCGCUACGUAGGCACGAACAUUUAUUGCCAGAGACGUGUUUGUCCCACAGACAUAUGUGUAUGUACAGCAAGUGCUGCCCAAACUGGGGCCACCAGACACGUAUUACCCGUAGGCAGCCCCGCCGGCACACGCUUGCUCCCAGCCUCACGUCGCACACAUAUUUACUGAGCUGCUGCUGCUGGGCGGUCCCUGUGCGCGGGGAAGUCUCCGGGUUGCAGACACAUCUUCCUGUCUGUAGCGGGGGAAGUCUAGAGGAAGCGGAGAUCCUGCUACCAGGGGGUUGUGGGAGCCCCCACUGCUCCAGACAAGAUGUUCUCGCUGCGCCUUGUCACGGCGGAUUAUUAUUUGGCUGCCCCGUUGCCAGGGCUGGAUGUAACAAGGUCCCACUUCAGAGACAGUCCGGUGAGGAGAGUGCCAGUGGUGAGGGUGUUCGGAGCCACCCCUGCAGGUCAGAGGGCUUGCCUGCAUCUUCAUGGUAUUUUCCCUUACCUGUAUACUCCAUAUGAUGGAUACGGACAGCAGGAUCCUGAACGUUACCUUCGUCAGAUAGCUUUCAGCAUUGACAGAGCACUUAAUGUGGCUUUAGGCAACCCUGCAGCCAGUUCCCAACAUGUAUUUAAGAUUACAGUCGUUUCUGGAGUGCCAUUCUAUGGUUAUCAUGAAAAAGAAAUACAGUUUAUGAAGAUCUAUCUCUACAAUCCAGCAAUGGUGAAACGGGUCAGUGAACUUUUACAAGGAGGUGCUGUAAUGAAUAAGUGCUAUCAACCCCAUGAGGCCCAUGUUCCUUAUCUUCUUCAGCUAUUCAUUGAUUAUAAUUUAUAUGGAAUGAACUUAAUCAAUCUUGCUGCUGUAAAGUUCAGAAGAGCUCAGAGGAAAGGAGAUAGCUCAUCACAUGGUACAGGUGUGUGUAAAGAUAGGGACCAAGAAAGAUCAUUUUCUUCUACUUUUGUCCAAUGGCAAGAAGAUGAAAUACCAAGCUCUUUGAUUUUGGAAGAUGUGGAGCCAAUAAGUACCUGUGAAUUAGAAGUAGAUGGCGUAGCUGCUGAUAUUAUAAACCGACAAGAAAUUGAAGCUCAGAUAGGAAAGAAUCCUGGACUGCAAGCAAUAUGGGAAGAUGAAAAACAGCGCCGUAGAGAAAAGAGAGAGUCCUCACAAAUAAGCCCUCCAGAUUCUCAAGAUCGUGGGUAUGUUGCAAUGUCAGAAAGUGAAAAAAUCCUUCAGAAGAGACUUAAAGAAAUCCUGAAACAAAAUGACUUCUCAUUGACACUACCGAAUUCUCUAGACUGUAGUAACUUGUCUGAGGAAUUCUCUGUGGAACUUACAUUGCACUCCCAGCUAGAUUCACCUGAUGUUCUUUGUUCACAAGCAAAUAUGGUGGAUGUUCACAGGGACGAACCACAAAGGAACAAAGGAUGUGUUGGUGAAGAGCAAGAGGACGCUGUCAUUGAUGAGGAAGCCAUUUUAAACGUCAUGGAAACCAGUCAAAUUUUCCAGUCACAGAGACUGAGUCAGUCUCCUGUUUUCUUGGACGACAACCAAGAUCAAGCCAUGGUUAAAUUGUUAGCUGGUCUUGAAGAGGAUGAGUACCAGAUGGACAUGUCCAGACGGUUAUCACAGCACUCUUUAUCUGCAAGAUACAACAGUAUGCAGAAUAGUGAUGAUGAAGAGAAUGAGCCACAGGUGGAAAAGGAGGAAAUGGAGCUCAGCAUAUUAAUGUCUCAGAGAUGGGACAACAACACUGAAGAACAUAAUACCAAAAGAAAUUUUAAGAGUAUCGAAGAAAGCUCUUCUGAAGAUGACUCCACAGAUGAUGAAAUGGAAUGGAGUAGAAACCGGCUGCUUUUAGCUGAUCUUUCUAUACCUCAGUUAGAUGGCACAGCAGAUGAAAACAGUGAUAACCCUCUGAAUAAGGAAAGCACCCUUACCCAUUCUUCCGUUAUUGCAAAAAGCAAGUUAUCUCUAAAGAAUUCAAUCUUUCACAAAGAUGCUGCUUCCUUCGAACCACAGUCUUCUGCUAAAACAGCCUUUCAGUGUCAACACACAAGUGCCCUUUCGUCUCAUAUUCUGAAAAAAGAAGGUCUGAUAGAAGAGCUUCCACAGCCAGCUGAAGAAAAGGGACCUGAACUUUCUGUCCAUUCUUUCACAAAUGAUAGCACUUGCAAUAUGAAAUACCCAUCAUCUUUUAAUAAUUCUACAUGUCCAGAAGUUCUACAUGAAGAAGCAAGCAAGAAUGAUAUUGCUCCAGUUCCAGCAAUUGACAAGACAGCAUUUGAAGAUGGCAUCCCAUUAGUGAAUAGACAUUUGCAAUGCAGAAAAUUCACAAGUAUUAGAAAGACCGAUAAGGACAUAUCUUUUUUAAAAAUAACUCGCCAACUUAGCGAAGGCAUAUUGGAUCGGAAUCCUAGAAAUCUCACAGAGCUUAGUAAUCAUAAAAUGAAAAGGUCUGCAGACGUCGGUGAUAAAUGCUGCAGUUCUACUCCAAACAAAAUUUUUUCUGGAACUAUUAAUGAAAGCAGUGACUUGACACCUCCUGCUGAUGUUAGCAGAGUCAUGCUGCACACUGCAGAUAAUGCCAUAAAUGAUGUAAGCCCAAAUAAGCGUAAGGCUAGAUCUGAAGAGCUUCAACAACAUGCAACAGACAUGACCAGUGGUAAUCAGCAGGCAACACAUUAUAAGUUUUUUCCAAGUGUUGUCCUUUCAAACUGUUUAAACCGUCCCCAAAAACUUGCCCCAGUAACUUAUAAGGUUCAGCAAUGUAAAAAACAGUCAAGAUUGAAACUGGUUAAAAAAAAAGUUGUCGAAAAUGAGCACACCAGUGCUACUGCAAAAGAUAUUGAGGACCUUUUAGGUUAUGAAGGGUCUGUAGAAUACCGUGAAAAUACAAAUCUUCAAAAACAGAGUAUAGUUACAGGUAUAGAUACAAUACCAAGCCCUUCAUACCAGGAUAUUGUAGAUCCUAUAAACACAGUUGGAAAGGACAGCAGUUAUGCCCCUGGCAAUGCAUGUAGUAAAAGUCCUCCUGAUGUUGACAGAGUACCAUCAUGCGAUAUGGCAGUAAUGAUGGAUGACGGUGCAUUUCAAAGUAAUGCUUGUGAACUGAACGCUUUUACUUGUCAGUUUGAGGUAGGGGCUACAGAUUCAGAACCAUCCUUGGAAAUCUGUGGAAAUAAAUACACUUUAAGAGCAAAACGGAAAGUCAAUUUUGAAAGUGAAGAUGGGGAGCCAGUUAAGGGUGCAACAAACUCAAAAUCAAGCCUACCUCAGCCUGAGGAAACCAUGGAUGAUGUAGAGAGUUUUCAAAAAGUGCACAAGCGCAGAAAAGUUUCUAAUAAGUUACCACCAGUAAUUAUCAAGUACAUCAUAAUUAAUAGAUUUAAAGGGAGAAAAAACAUGCAAGUGAAACUGGAAAAACUAGAUCCCAGUGAGGAACAGGUCAAAUUAACAGAGGAUAAGAUAAAACAAUAUAACAGAAUGGCACCUUUAAAGGAUUUCUGGCCCAAAGUGCCAGAAUCUCCUGCAACCAAAUACCCAAUAUUUCCAGUAAUACCAAAGAAGAAUAACAAACGAAAAACAAAGCAAAAAUCUGCAAAGAAAAAAACUGGUAGACUACCUAAAACAGAAACAAAAAUGUUGCAGAGGGCUGUGUCUAUACGGAGAAAAAGAAUACGUUCUUUUUUAUCACUUCCUAUGCCAACAUAUAAUGCUGAAACAGAAGACUGUGACACAGACUACAAAGAUGUAAUGUCAAAACUUGGUUUUCUUGUGGAAAGAUGUCCAAGCCCCAUAAAUAUGUCUCCACCUCGUUGUUGGUCACCCACUGACCCAAGAGCUGAAGAAAUUGUGUCAAUUCCAGUUGCAGAAAUGCCUCUUUUUAAAAGUUCACUUUUAGUAGAUGGUAAUAAAGAAUAUGGUAAUUCAGUGAAAAAGCUGCAAAAGAGAGUUCAGCCAAACAAACCUAGAAAAAAGACAUCAACUAGUCCUUCUGCAAUUAGGAAACAGCCAAAAAAAGCCAGCCAGUCUGAUAUAGGCAAAGAUGGGAAAAAGCAGAAAGGCAAGUCAAUGUCCAAAAAAAGUGAAAAGGCUCCAAGAAAGCACAUAAAAAUUAAAGAUAAAAAAACUAACGCUGAACCCAGAGUUUCUGAACAAUCUUCUCUGUUGCAUAAAGAACAAACUCCAUCUGCUUUAAAUGGAGUUGUGCAGUCAUUUCCAGCCAUCACAACAGAGUUCAGUUUAUCUGGAUUUUCUACAGGGCAUGUGCACUCAACGCAACCUUCAAAAGAUAGUACUCAGAAUGAUUCACCUGGGAAUGUAAGUUCUUUCACAGGAACCCCAAAACCACUACAUUUGCAGCAAUUUUCAAGUAUUCAGAAAGACUGCUCAGCAACAGCAUCUGUACCAUUAAGCCCAGGUAUCAAAACAUUUAGUAUUAAUGCAAUGAACACUCAAUUUCCUAAUGCAUUUCAAAUAAAGGAGUGUAGCUCAACUCCAAGCAAAACCCAAAAUUCAUAUACCCGUUCACCUCAGGUAAUACAAAAUGCACAGUUCACUUUAACUAGCUCACUUAUGACUCGAGAAGAUCCUGCAGAAGCCCAGAAAAGGCUGUUGACAUCUAUUGGCAAACUUCAAGAUGUUCAGAAUUCCCCAAGUUCUCUUGUCUCUGAAAAGCCAAAGCUUUUACCAUGUUCAUUUAAUCAUGCUGGAAAUGUAGCUGAUACAUCUAAGCACUGUGAUUCAAACACGCCAGUCAUAUCUUCAGAGAAAGGCCAUGAAGCACUUAAUUCACCAAACAGUUCUGUUCUGACAACUUUGAAAAGCACUCUUAAAACAACAGCAGUAGAACAAAAGCAAAAAGGGGAUAGCAUUGAUGCUGCUCAAUUUGCCACUCAGAGAGCGAGUCAAAAUUGUUUACCAGAAAUUUUCUCCUGCACAAAAGCUAUUCAGAAUAGUAUAAAGUCUGUUUCCCCACAGAAACUUCUUGAUGCACAUUCUGGAAUAGCUGUCCUUAAGGAAUUGCUUCAUAAAAAACAACAGAAGGUAGCAUCAAGCAGUGAAGAGUCAACUGUUAAGCUUAAAUUGAGCUUAUCUAGUCCAUCUGAGCCAAAGAGUGUAAGUGGAAAGUCUGCAACACAUAGUAAAAAAACAAGGGCCCCAAGAAGCACAAAAUCUAAGGUGGCUAAGAAUGUUAAAACUGGCAUGGGAAAACAUAUGUGUGAUUCUGAGAGCAAAAUCUGUACAUCUGAAAGAAGCCCUGGACUUUUUUCUGAACCUAGCUUUGAAAGCUGCUACUCAAUUGAAGACAGUUUGUCACCUGAGCAUAACUACAACUUUGAUAUUAAUGCUGUAGGUCAGACUGGUCUUUGUACCUUAUACUCUGGGAGCCAGUUUAUUCCAGCAGAUCAAAAUUUACCACAAAAAUUUUUGAGUGAUCCUUUUCCUAUUCCUGUCUCGGAUAAUGAAGGUAUAAAUCAUGAGUUACAACAGUCAGAGAAGAAGAAACCCUAUUCCUUAGGGCAUCCGCUGAUAAGACCAAGUUCGCUUAGCCCAGAUAUGUUUGAAAAAUCUGUUGACUUUAAACAAAACCCUCUCCUAAACCAGUGGAAAAAUUGCUUAAUUUCUCAAAAUAGCCAUAAUACACACUCAGUCGAUGGGCUUUAUAACUGUCAGUCAGAAGACAAAUACAGGUUAAACAGAGGCAUUAGUCUAAAAGAUGUUGCGUUUAACUGUGCUCACUCUGAAUGGACUCAAACUGGGACUAAAUGCCAAAUUAAAAACACAAUGUUUGAUGCAUCCCAUCCCCCUAACUCCAAUUCCUCAUUUACAGGGCUUUUACCUUCACCAGAAGGUGAUAGUGUUUCUGAUGAUUUAGAAUUAUAUUUAUCAAGACACAGUGGGGGACUAACUCCAACUCCUGACAGUUCUCCAAGAUCCAUUAGUUCCCCAUCACAGUCCAAAAAUGGAAAUUCUACACCACGACCAGUGCACAUAUUAAAACCUCUCAUGUCACCCCCAAGUCGUGAGGAAAUAAUGGCAACUUUGUUGGACCACGACCUUAUGGAAACUAUUUACCAAGAACCAUUUUUUAGCAAUCCUUCCGAUGCGCCAGAAAAACCAAGAGAGGUUGGUGGGAGAAUUCUCACAAUAGAAACAAAAUUGCCAUAUAAUCUUCUUGAGUUUGAAGGCGACUUUUCAGUGGAGGGACUUCGGUUCUGGAAGACUGCAUUUUCAGCAAUGACACAAAACCCUAGACCUGUUUCACCAUCUCGGGUGAGCCGCCUGAUGGCUGAAAGAAGAAAGGAUAGUCUUGAUUCUGAAAAUGAUAAAAAACUAGUGAUCAUGCCAUGUAAAAGUGCUCCACAUCCACAAAAAGUUCAAGUGUGGCUUCAAGCCAAAGAACUGUAUGAGACAUCUAAGAUUGCAUGCAAAGAUAAAGAAAUUCAAGAAGCAAGUGAAAGCAAUGCUAUUAAAACCACUUCUGUGCCUGUUGGUUGUAACAGCUUGCCUCCAAAGGAAAUCCAUAUUUUAUUGGCACAGCCAGCAAGUUCUGAUGAUCUACCAGAGACUGCUAAUAAUAUAAAAAUUCAUCUAGCCAGUCCCCCUCCUGUACUUGACAGUGCAGAACCUCAGCUUAUUAAAAGGGAAUUUGAUAUUACCGCAUCCAUUCCUGCCUCAGGUGGCAGGAGUGAUCAAGAUGAAUUGUUGGACAAUUCUGUUUCACCUGAUUCUCCAAUUCUGACUCCUUGGCAAGAUACUCUUUCUCCUGAUAAUACAAAUCCAUCAGUAGAUGACAAGGAUUUUAAAAGUAGAGGUAUUUCCCCAUCGCCACUUUUGGAGAGUGAAGCAAAAACUGAAGUGAAAAAUGAAUCCACAGAUUUCUCUGUCUUUUCUCCUUCUCAAGUUUCGCAGGGCAAGCAGAAAUCCACACACACCUGCAUUCACAGUACACCUGUCGUAGAAAGAAAGCCUGAAGCAGAGUCCUCUGAAGCUCUCCUGUACAGUCCUUUGUUAUCAGAACCCGUAUCCCAAAGAUUGAGCCAGAGGAGAGGAUGCAAUCCAGAUAAACUUCGAAGAGUACUCCUAACAACUCAGAUGAAGAAUCAGUUUGCUACUAUGGCUCAGGUGAAAAGGGAAACAUCUCAGAUUGAGGGGCCAUCUCUAAAUAACUCAUAUGGCUUUAAAGUCAGUGUUCAAAACCUUCAGGAUGCAAAAGCGUUACAUGAGGUGCAACAUUUAACACUUAUGUGCAUGGAGUUACAUGCAAGAACACGAAGAGACUUGGAACCUGAUCCAGAAUUUGACCCCAUAUGUGCUCUAUUCUACUGCAUCUCAUCAGACUCCUUAUUGUCAAACACCAACAAAAGACAAGUUACUGGUGCUAUUGUAAUUCAUCUUGAAGAAGCUAAUAGUGAUGGUGGUAGAAGACAAACGCCAUUUCUUGCCAGAUCUGGCAUUACAGGCUUUGAAGUUACAUAUGCAACGGAUGAGAAACAGCUGUUUGUGAUGUUGUUAAGCCUUGUCAGAAGGUUUGACCCUGACAUUUUAUUGGGAUAUGAAGUCCAAAUGCAUUCUUGGGGUUAUCUCUUGCAGAGGGCAUCUGCAUUAAAUGUAGAUCUGUGCCAGCAGCUUUCCAGGGUGCCAGAUGAUAAGAAUGAGAACAGAUUUUCAUCAGAAAAGGAUGAAUAUGGAGCAGAUACCAUGAGUGAAAUCAACAUAGUUGGUCGGAUUGUACUAAAUGUUUGGAGGAUGAUGAGAAGUGAGGCGGCAUUGACCAACUAUACUUUUGAAAAUGUGGCAUUUCAUAUCCUUCAUCAAAGAUUUCCAUUGUUUACUUUUCGAUCCUUAUCAGAUUGGUUUGAUAACAGAAAAGAUGUGCUCAGAUGGAAGAUGGCCGAUUAUUACAUGAGUCGAGUACAUGGAACUCUGCAGUUAUUAGAGAAGUUGGACCUGAUUGGGAGAACUAGUGAACUUGCAAGACUUUUUGGGAUUCAGUUUUUACAUGUCCUAACAAGAGGGUCACAGUACCGUGUUGAGUCAAUGAUGCUUCGCAUUGCAAAGCCAAUGAAUUACAUACCUUUGACUCCAAGUAUCCAACAGCGAUCUCAAAUGAGAGCUCCCCAAUGUAUUCCUCUCGUCAUGGAGCCAGAAUCUCGAUUUUACAGCAACUGCAUUUUGGUGCUGGAUUUCCAGUCAUUGUACCCAUCGAUUGUAAUUGCAUAUAAUUAUUGUUACUCUACUUGUCUGGGAAACGUUGAGAACCUGGGGAAAUAUGAAGACUUCAAAUUUGGCUGCUCAUCUCUUCAAGUUCCUCCUGAUCUAUUGUACCAGCUACGAAAUGAUAUCACAGUAUCUCCCAAUGGAGUUGCAUUUGUAAAGGCAUGUGUCAGAAAAGGGGUGCUACCGAGGAUGCUUGAAGAGAUACUAAAGACACGGAUAAUGGUGAAACAGUCAAUGAAAAAUUAUAAACAAGAUAAAAGCCUUACACGACUGCUUGAUGCUCGCCAACUGGGUCUCAAAUUAAUUGCCAAUGUUACAUUUGGCUAUACUGCUGCUAACUUCUCUGGGAGGAUGCCAUGCGUGGAGAUUGGAGACAGUAUUAUCCACAAAGCACGGGAGACUUUGGAACGUGCUAUAAAGCUUGUCAAUGACACAAAGAAAUGGGGAGCAAAGGUCGUCUAUGGGGAUACAGACAGCAUGUUUGUGUUGCUGAAAGGGGCUACAAAGGAACAGUCCUUCAAGAUUGGGCAGGAAAUUGCCGAAGCUGUAACCGCCACUAACCCAAAACCUAUAAAACUGAAGUUUGAAAAGGUUUAUUUGCCCUGUGUCUUGCAAACAAAGAAAAGAUAUGUUGGUUAUAUGUAUGAAACAGUUGACCAAAAGGAUCCCGUUUUUGAUGCCAAGGGAAUUGAAACAGUCCGAAGAGAUGCUUGCCCUGCUGUUGGAAAGAUUCUUGAACGUUCACUGAAGCUGCUAUUUGAAACCAGAGAUAUAAGUCAAAUCAAACAAUAUGUCCAGAGACAAUGUAUAAAGGUUGUUGAAGGCAAAGCCAGUAUGCAGGACCUCAUUUUUGCCAAGGAAUACAGAGGAAGCUUCGCCUAUAAGCCUGGCGCCUGUGUCCCAGCAUUAGAACUUACAAGGAAAAUGGUGGCCUAUGACCGGCGCUCUGAGCCUCGCGUUAGUGAAAGAGUCCCUUAUGUAAUAAUAUAUGGCAGCCCCGGUGUCCCUCUUAUUCAGCUUGUGAGACGGCCCAUUGAUGUUCUUCAGGAUCAUAAUCUUAGAAUAAAUGGCACCUACUAUAUCACCAAACAAAUCCUACCACCAUUGAAUCGAAUCUUCUCUUUAAUUGGAGUGGACGUUUUCAGUUGGUAUGAUGAACUACCAAGGAUACAAAAGACUUUCUCGACUGCAAGAAACGAGCAAGAUGCCAGAAAGUGCACAAUCUCUCAGUAUUUCACUACUUUACACUGUCCAGUUUGUGAUGAACUGACACAACAUGGAAUCUGCAGCAAGUGCAGAAGUCAGCCACAAAAUGUUGUAGUGAUUCUUAAUCAAGAAAUCAGAGAACUAGAAUAUAAACAAGACCAGCUUGCUAAAUUAUGCAGAAAUUGCACUGGCUGCUCCAACCAACAGAUCCAGUGCGUUUCCCUCAAUUGUCCGGUACUUUUCAAGCUCUCCAGAGUGAGCCGGGAGCUGUGUAAGGCCCCCUACCUACGCCAGCUGCUCGACCAGUUCUGAUUGGUGUUCUGAUAUUAAUGGUGCUAUUUCCUUGUGUUUUUUAUUUCACACUACAAUGUGUCGUGCAUGGUGCUGUUUCAACUUUUUUAUUGUUUGUAUUGUUUUUUUCCUUCAAGUUAGCAAUCCCUCUAUCUCUAUCAGUCUUAGAGGGGGGAUGUAUGUAAUGCUAUCUUUAUACAAUGUACAGAAUAUUUUUUUGUUUCUUUCUUUGAGAUUUGUAAAAUACUGUUUUAUAAGGCAGUUCUUUAAAUAAUGACUCUGUAAAUUCAUUUCUUACAAUAAGCUUUCGUUAUGCCCUAUUGAUCUGCUAGGGAAGGGGCACUGACAACUGAUCACACAAAUGUUUUUCUGUGGAUAAACCCUCGAUCAGGUCUCUGGUUGGUUCUAGAGUCUCCAUAUUCUUUCUACGUUUCAUUGCGAGCCGCAGUGGUUUGUAAAUAGAACUUUUUUUUACUUUUGAAACAACUUGAGUAAAAUAAUGUGCAAUGGGAUUUUAUACACAUUCAGGCAUUGGCAGGUAUAUUUCCUCCACUCUGAUCACCCUCUUGAUUUUGCUCUGGUCGUGCAGAUUGUAUUUCAUUGUGGAAUUGACGAUUGUCAUUUUGUUUAAGGAAAGGAAAAUGAAAAAGAUAUUGGUGUCUUGCUUUACCUGUUCAUGGGGCAUUGUGAGGAACUUGUGCUGAAGGCUUUUGUUAAAAAAGUGUGGGGUUGUUGCAAUACUUUAAAUAUAAAGUUUAUUCCAUUUGGCUUGUUUUGUAUAGACAUUUCUAUGGUUUCUAAAUAUGCUUAUAAUAUUUUUUUUUCUCCUGUACAGUUAAAUCUUAUUUGCCAUCAUCUGGAACACAACAGUGUAUUUAGAUUAUUUGUAUAACUGUAUAAAAUUGGGGAAAAUGAAUUAUGUGGUCAGUGUAUUGUUUUAUAAACUGGAAAUUCGUUUGAGACGUUACAAUGGAAACUAUUAAAACGGAAUAAAACC